UGUUAUUUUCUCCAUGGAUAUUCACGGAAUGAUGGCUGCCGAACAAGGCGAAGUACGACGACGUAGUGUUCCGUCAGAAUAUGUUCCGUUAGUCAAUGAAGAUGAUAGCGAUAAUGAUGACGACGAAUACGAUGCGAAGCUACCGUAUGGCGGCAAAGUGUAUCUUGCAAGAAAGAAGAAGCCAGAUACAUUGUUAGUGAAAAUCCUGGAGGCUUGUCUGAUUGUGUUUGUGGUAUUUUUUGCCUACUAUGCAUACUUCUAUUUUGACAACCUCCAUUUUCAUGUCACUCAUGGCUACGCCCAUCUUGGUCAUGCACAGGCCAUGCACUUAGUAGGACAGAAGUACAUGCAUGGUAAAGGAGUUGACAAAGACCACAGUCAAGCAAUGAAAUGGUUUAGAGCUGCAACUGAUCAGGGUCACCCCCAUGCCUCUCACAACCUAGCUGUAGGAUACCUGCAGGGAUAUGAAACAGAUGUCAAUGGAAGAAGUGAAGCCAAAGAACUAUUGAAGUAUGCUGCAUCCAAGGGUGUGAAGGAAUCCAAUGAUGCGUUGAGAAAACUCUGUCCUAAGGGGGAAUGUUUGUGAAAAAAGGUUCAGAAUGAACACAGAAAGAAAACAAUGUGUGAUAAUGAAGUAGAACAUCUCAUCUUUUGAUGAUUAGAUUCUAAUAACUACAAGUCAGAUGAUUGAGGGCACUGCUCCAUCGCAAUUCAUCACAAAAAGAUCACAGUCUGGCAUGUAACAGUGUAAUUAAGAAACAAAACAUAAUUUUAACAUUCCUUUAAUUCAAGUUUGAUUUCCACUAGUGUAAACCUUGAUUGUAAGAUGUUGUUGAAGCCACUAAGACCACAAACUGUUUUCCCAUAUCAUGAAUCCACAACAUUAAUUGAGCCAGGUUCCUGUUAGUUAUGUGUAGCUAAGUCACAAUUCAAUACAUUUACAUGUGAUCAGUAGCAAUGAAGUAUUCCACACCAUCAGCUUAAUGAAUGACACAGUGAAAGUCACAGCACCAUAGUCUGAUCACAUGCCUGUCAGAUCACUGAGGUUAACAACUUUUAAACAUGUUAUUUUAUUCUUUGAAACACAUCUUCAAAAAUCAUAAUAAUGAACUCAUAUACUAAGGAAAAUGAAAUAUUCAGUUUGAUUACAUGUUGAGUGAUCUUGUUUCUAAUGAUGUCUUACAGCAAUAUUAUU